UCUGCGCGCAACCACCGCUCCGUCUCGCGCUCCAGCGCGCGUACCAGAGCCAAUAGUUUCUCUGUCAUCUCUGGCACAGACGGUGCUAUUCUGCCAGAGGUCACAAGAAGGUGGGACGGAGGGGAGUGUGUGCAUUUUAUAUACAUUUGAAGGAAAGAUAGCUUUUUCCCCCUUGUCAUACUUUCAAGCGUGCGUGUCACCAUUUCCUCCAAAAACGAGCCGGACUUUUUAGUGCGCGCUUCCCGGGUGCUCCACAGCAAGAGAAUAAUUGGCGCGGUCGUGGGCAUCGUCAUGAUCGUGGCGCUGGUCAUCGCAAUUCCGCUUCUGGUCCAAACCUCCGUGGUUUCAGCGCACUACGAAAUGAUAGGCACCUGCCGGAUGAUCUGCGAUCCGUACAACCCCAAACCGAGCGCCACGGCGCUGGAGGUGAUGCAGGACCUCAGUGCCAUCCCACCAUCUUUCGCUCAAGGGACUAGAGGGGAACCGGGCCGCCCGGGCAAACCGGGACCCAGGGGUCCACCUGGAGAACCCGGUCCACCUGGUCCGAGGGGACCACCUGGGGACUCAGGCAGACCUGGAUUUACCGGCAUCACAUCGGGGACGGCGAGGACUGAGACAGGAGACGUUGGUCCAGCGUUAGGGUACACCAAGAUCGCGUUUUACGUGGGUCUCAAGAACCCUCACGAAGGCUACGAGGUGCUCCGGUUUGAUGAUGUAGUAACAAAUGUCGGAAAUCACUAUGAUCCCACGACUGGCAAGUUUACGUGUCAGGUGUCAGGGAUUUACUACUUCACCUACCAUGUGCUGAUGCGUGGAGGGGACGGGACAAGCAUGUGGGCAGACCUCUGUAAAAAUGGACAGGUUCGCGCGAGCGCCAUCGCGCAAGACGCCGAUCAGAACUACGACUACGCGAGCAACAGUGCCGUGCUACACCUGGACUCUGGCGACGAGAUUUAUGUCAAACUCGACGGCGGAAAGGCUCACGGAGGAAACAACAACAAAUACAGUACAUUCUCUGGCUUCAUUCUGUACCCAGACUGAGCGGUUACGCGCUUGGUUUCAGACGGACUAUUCAAGCAUCUCCUCUCUGUCAUUCCUGUCCGUAUGGGAAGAUCAGGAUCAUCUCGUGUGAGAAUCUGUUGUCUGAAUACGUACCUUUCUGUUUAAUGAUGUCUUGUGUUUGGAUAUUAUACCCAAUUAAACGCAACAUUAAAGAUUGUGAACAGCAAAAGCAUGCACGGGAUGGUGAUCCGGAUUCCAUCUUGAUGAUUAUUAGCAUUAUCUGUACAGUUCUCUGCUCUCUUUUCCCCCUAUAAAACUGCAUUCAUGAGCCCUAGUGUGACACAAUUUCUGCUGUUAGAUCAAUUGGUUUCAUGGAGAUAUGGAAACGUUUAUUUUGAUCUAAUACUGGUUGCUGGACAAGUUUUUCAGCUCAUGGAAAAAAAAAUGUAAUGGAUUUUCAUCCCAAAAACAUUUUAUUAUAAUUUACUCACUCGUGUUGUUCCAAAUCUGUAUGAUUUUUUUUGUCUCACUUUCUUUUAAAGCGUCUGUGUUACAGUGUCAUUAUGAAUUUAAGGACUAUAAUAAUAAUUCACUAAAUGUACUUAUAAGGGUUAGAUUUGGGGUUACACUUUAUUUUACAGAAUGUGUGUAGUUAUAAAGUACAGGGUUAGUAUCGAUAUUACCAAGUUAUUAUAAUUACUAUAAUGAGUACAUACAAGGGGAACAGGACUGUAAAAUAAAGUGUUACCUGGUUUGGUUUAGGGCUAGUUGCAUAUAAUUAUAAAUAUUACUACAGUAACUACAUGUAACAAGGACACUCUGUAAAGUAAAGUGUUACAGAUAUUUUGUCUACUGUGUAACCCCCCA